AUGUCGUUUAGUAACACAUCAGAGGAGAAUGCAGUUAUCCCAAUAACAAAGACAGAGACUGAUUCCAACACAAGCGAACUGAAAAUCAAUGAGGAAACAGAAUGUAUAAUCAAUCCAAGAGAUUGUGAGAAAGGUCGUGUAAACAAACUGAUUUCGCAAUACGAGAAGAAGAAAUUUCUCAUUAGGAGCAAAAAUGAUCAAAUUAAAAUCAAUCUGUCAUUUAAACCAGAUAAGGUUGACAAUAUUAGUAAUGGUGGCAUUGUGGAAUACACACAUUGUAUAAAAGCAUCAGAACUAUCAAAAUCAAUCAGGGCUACCAUUGAAAGGCAGAUUAAUCAAAGAGCUGCAGGGUCAUUAGGGCAAGAUGUCUCGUUUCCAGAACAGACAGAAACUGGGGUCUUGACUAAAAAGAAAAAGACAAAUUCAACCUGA